GUAUUUUAGCAAGUGUUAUGUUUGCAUUUAAUGAUCGUUCAAUUGUGAAAAAAGUUGUAAGCUUUUUACCUCAAGUUGGUGUUGGUGGUCGUUAUGGUCGAACAUAUCAAGAUUUAAAUCAAUAUCCAAUAGUUCCAUGGGUUAUAGCUGAUUAUGAAAGUGAAAAACUUGUUUUAAAUUCUCUAUCAACUUAUCGAGAUUUAUCAAAACCUGUUGGUACAUUAAAUCCUAUAAGAAAAUCAUUUUUUUAUUGA